UUACCCUCAACCGACCUUUACGCCUUCGCUCGCGUCCUCUUCUCCUAUAGGCCAACGAGGAGCGAGAUCCUGGAGAAAGGCGGAAACCAAACUCACAUGGUGGAGGCUCGCGUGGUCUCGGGGUAAUAUGUUGCGUCGGGAGGCCCGUCAGCGCCGGGAAUAUCUUUUCCGCAAAGCCCAAGAGGAAAAACUCCGAGCUGUCGAGGAGAAGAAAGAAAAAAUCAAGAAAGCGCUAGAUGAGAACUGCCUCAUCCCCACAGAACUACGGAAAGAGGCCCUCAGGUUACAGAAAUCAAUUGAGUUUGAUGACGGGGGUGCGACAGGGGCGACCACUCAUGUGGACGAUGAGUACCGCUGGGCAGGCGUGGAAGACCCUCGCAUCAUGGUCACGACCUCGCGUGACCCCAGCUCCCGUCUCAAGAUGUUUGCCAAAGAGCUCAAGCUGGUCUUCCCAGGGGCCCAGCGCAUGAACCGAGGCCGGCACGAGGUGGGCGCCCUUGUCCGGGCCUGCAAGGCCAACAGUGUCACGGAUCUGGUGGUGGUACAUGAGCACAGAGGGGUGCCUGACGGGCUCAUAAUCUGCCACUUGCCCUUCGGCCCGACAGCCUACUUCACCCUUUGCAAUGUGGUGAUGCGCCACGACAUCCCAGACAUCGGCACCAUGUCGGAAGCCCACCCCCACCUCAUUUUUCACAGCCUCACUUCCCGGCUCGGACAGCGGGUCACCAGCAUCCUCAAAUACCUUUUCCCAGUACCCAAAGAUGACAGCAAACGGGUUAUCACCUUUGCCAACCAAGAUGACUACAUCUCCUUUAGGCACCACGUCUACAAAAAAACCGAUCACCGGAACGUGGAGCUCACCGAAGUUGGGCCAAGGUUUGAAAUGAAAUUGUAUAUGAUCAAGCUGGGAACGUUGGAGCAGGAAAGUACGGCUGAUGUGGAAUGGCGUUGGCACCCGUAUACCCACACGGCCAAGAAGCGGAAAUUCCUCAGUGUGGAAUAGGAGGGGUCAUGUGCCACUUUUCCCUUUGCUGUACCUGGUCUCUUUGGCACGCAGCUGUAUGCUGGUGACAUUUUGGACUCUAAAGAAGACUGCGUAGAUGGAACUCUUCUACCCCCUCCGAGGACUGAAAGUCUCCCUGGUUCCUUCUGCCAGGGGGCCCCAGUCUCCCCAUUUGUAUUACACGGAUGACUGGACUGCCACAAAGGCUUUGCUUAUUUGUUCAGGGGAGGUCUGAUAGCUGUUUGCUGUCUCAGGUCUCUGCUGCCUCAUGUAGCUGUGGAAUUUGGCACCUGUCAACCAGGGCUGCGCUUCGGACAGCUGCGUGCUUUCAAAAUCACCCACGGGGCGACGGAUCGUCUUCUUACAACCCUCCCUGCAAAACCCUGAAACGUUCUUCAAUUUGAGCAAGGGCUGCCAGGAAUGGCCAAAGCCGUUUUGGAGAGGUGGUGAUACAAAGGGGCCGUUUUCCCUUCUUCCCUGCAGAUGUUCAUCCGGGGAGGGCCCCUUUGGGUUAACCAAAAGGAUCUCCUCGCCCCUUCUUGGUUUUGUUUUCUUAGGUGUGCCUCUCAGUUCUGGGGUCACAGGAAGUAUUUCCCAUGGGGUAUAUCCCAGGGCGAGGGGGAAUUCUGCCGGAACAUGGGUCAAGGGUGAAUAGAGGCCAGAGAGUAGGGAGAGCAUUAGGAAAAAGAGGGGGCAAGCAGAGACAGGAAACUCCCUUUUGGAAAGUCAGCCUAAGUCUGUUUUGCAGAGGAGGUACGAGGGAUUGCGAGACCCGGCAGGUUAAGCGGAUAUAAUAAACACUGACAUUAUAAA